AGGUGUGAGAAACACACUCACAGGCUGGUUUGGUCGCAUGCGUGCAAAGGAGUGCUCUCUCUUGCGGAGAGAGAGUCAUAAACAGGAGCAGCCAAGGUCCGAGCGAGCGAGCGGGUGCGAGGAGCACCCAGCAGCCACGUCCACCUCCUGGCCCCGGGGAUGGCGCUUCCCGCUGGCAGGCACGCAUAGCAGCCAGAGAUGGCCCCGGACAUGUGGCUGUUCUCUGCUAUCCUUGGAUUGCUGUCGGCAGCCCUAUCAGGUCACCCGACUCCAACCCCAUCCGGCCAGCCCAACACCAGCAGCACAGAGACCCAACCCUUGGAGUCAGGAGAGCCGCUCGGGAUCCGCCUGGUGAAUGGGAGCAGCCACUGCAGCGGGACGGUGGAGGUCUGGAUCCGACAGUCGUGGGAGCCCGCGUGCGGGGCGUUCUGGAACCACAAUGCCACCGAGGCCGCGUGCCGGGCGCUGAGCUGCGGCGGGGCGGGGGUAGCCGUCCAGCCCACCCUGCCGCCCUCUGAGCUGCCGCCUGGUCCAGGCGCGGGGAACGCCAGCGAGGCCCUGAACGCCACACUGGCCCUGGCGCCCGCCGUCCUGUGCAGAGGGCCCGAGUGGCCACUCUGCGACGUGGUGGAGCGUCCGUGCGACAGCGACAGGAGGCCAGCUGAGGUCACCUGCGCAGAGAACCGCGCGGUGCGGUUGGUGGGCGGCAGCGGUCCGUGCGCCGGCCGCGUGGAGAUGCUAGAGCGCGGCCAGUGGGGGUCGGUGUGCGACGACACGUGGGACCUGAAGGACGCCCACGUGGUGUGCCGGCAGCUGAACUGCGGCUGGGCGGUCCAGGCCCUGCCCGGCCUGCACUUCGCGCCCGGCCAAGGACCCAUCCACCGGGACCAGGUGAACUGCUCGGGGACCGAGGACCACCUGUGGGACUGCCGUGGGCUGCCAGGAAACGGCUACUGCGGUCACAAGGAGGACGCCGGCGUGCUGUGCUCAGAGCACCAGUCCUGGCGCCUGACUGGGGGCGCCGACUCCUGCGAGGGGCAGGUGGAAGUACAUUUCCGUGGGGUCUGGAGCACAGUGUGUGACAGUGAGUGGUACUCCUCGGAGGCCCAGGUGCUCUGCCGGACCUUGGGCUGUGGGACCGUGGCCACAAGACUCCAGGGGCUGCCCCAUUCCCUGCCGGGGAAAAUGUACUACUCAUGCAAAGGGGAGGAGCCCACCCCCUCCGAUUGCUUCUGGAGGUUCAACAACCCCUAUCUCUGCAGACAGUCGAGGGCAGCCAGAGUCCUCUGCUCAGGCUCCCGAAGUCUGCUCAAUCUGUCCACUUCUGAAGCCCCUGCAAGCGUUCAGCCGGUCACUGUGGAACCUACUAUGAUCCAGAAAGCAGAAGCCUGGAAAUCGCGAGAACUAAUGCUUUUCAUCCUCUGCAUCAUCCUGGGAAUUCUCCUCCUUGGCUUACUCAUCUCCACAGCCUUCAUCUUCUUGAAAGUUAAAGGAAAAUACGCCCUGCCCAUUAUGGUGAACGACCAGCACCCACCCACCACCACCCCAGAGGGUAUCAAUAGCUAUCAAGAUGUUCCCAUCACCAUUUCCAAAGAAGAAGUUCCCAAGCUGCCCAUCCAGGUCCAGGCCCUACCCCCCAAGGACUCGGACUCCAGCUCGGACUCAGACUAUGAGCAUUAUGACUUCAGCGCCCAGCCUCCCGUGGCCCUGACCACCUUCUACAAUUCCCAGCGGCACCGGGUCACGGAGGAGGAGAUCCAGCAGAGCAGGUUCCAGAUGCCUCCCCUGGAGGAAGGACUUGAAGAGGCGAGUGCCCCUCAGGUCCCACCCACCAGCGCUGGACACUACGUCGCAGACACGCCCUCCCUGGGCUCUCAGCGCCACCCAGAAAGCAACAGGGGAUCCAGCACGUCCUCCGGGGAGGAUUACUGCAACAGCCCCAGUAGCAGGCUACCUCUGUGGACCCCUCAGGUGUUUUCUACAGAGAGGAGCCCCUUCUUGGAGCAGCCCCCAAACUUGGAGCUGGCUGGCUCCCAGGCUACCUUUUCAGGGCCCUCGGCUGACGACAGCUCCAGCACCUCCUCCGGGGAGUGGUACCAGAACUUCCAGCCGCCGCCCCAGCCUCCCUCGACGGACCAGUUUCAGUAUCCAGGUGCCAGCGGCAGGGGAGGAUCCCCCAGGCCCCAGCCUGGUUCCACUGGCAAUGAGGACUAUGACGACAUCGGGGCAUCCUAGGCCGGGCCCACGAGAGGCUCCGGUGACUCCCUUCCGCUGGACUCCUGCUCUACCUGCCCCCGCUCUCCCACCCCGUCCUCCCAGCUCGCCACCCCCCCCCCCAGGGGGCUGAGAAGCCUCCCCCGGAGAGAUGCAAGGAAAGCCCUCACCUCGCACCGC